UAAUUUUCCAAAUAAAAACAAACAUGGCUUGCCGAUUACUAAAUUUUAGAGUUUCUAAAUUGUUAUCUUCUAAAAAAGUUAUAAGAAACAAAGAAAUGAACUUAUAUUCUGGAUACUUAGUAACGCAAGAAAGAUCUUUCCGUAAUAAUUUCGGACGCUUUCUAAAAACAAUGAAACACCGACGAGAGAUAGCCGGUCCUGAGCGUCAACGACGUAGAAGUGAAUGGGAUAAUUGGAAUUAUAAUGCUGAAUUAUUUGCUUUCUCUAAGCGAUUAAGUGAAAAUAUUUCAGAAGAUACAUUACGAUGGGCAUUUGUCCACAACUCAUUCAUUGAGAAAGAAGAGCAGAAGCGAAAAGAACUUGAUAUUCCUAGCCAGAAUGUGCCACUCGAUCUCAAAUCUAAUGCAUUUUUGAUUACUCUUGGUGAGGAGGUAACUAGUAAUUAUUUAAAAAGAUAUUUGACACAUUGCUUUACAAAGUUACCAAGUGAAGGUAUCCUUGCUUUGCAUGAUUAUCUCUUAUCAACCGAAGUCUUGUCUCAUGUUUCAUCUAACAUUGGCACAUAUGAUUUAAUAUUUUGCGCUGAAUAUCCACCCCAAAAUACAACUUUAGCAGAUUCAUUGAAAGCCAUUGUUGGCAGCAUUGCUCAUGAUAUCAGUGUUUCUCGAGCGGAAAAUUUUAUUCUAGAUUUUAUUUGCCCACAGCUGAUAGGUAAAGAUGUUUUCGAAAUCUGGGACCUUGAAAACCCUCUCGGUGUGCUAAAUGGAAUUAUCCAGCGGCAUGGUUUAAGUGAGUGUGAGCCCCGGCUGAUUUUUGAGUCAGGGCGUAACACUAUUGAAGCCAUCUAUCACGUAGGACUGUAUUUAAAUAAGCAGUAUUUAGGUCGGGGUCCUGGUGAAACACUGGAUAUUGCUGUUGAAAUGGCAGCUUAUGAUGUUUUAAGAAGAUUUUUUGGCAUUCAGGAUAGUUCAAACCCCAUGUCUUUUGGAGAAAAAGCUAGAUUAUUGGACUUAAGUUCUGUUAAGAUGUCUCCGUCUGUUGAUGAAUGGAUCUUGGAGAGUUUAUCUCAGAAUUCAAAAGAAUAACAUUUGUAAUAAAUAAAAAUUAAUUGAAUUAAAACAAUUAUGCUGCUUUGCGUUCUUUUUAAAUAA